AUGGUGAACAUUCCUAAAACCUGCUGGACUCUCUGUAAGAAGUGUGGCAAGUACCAACAACACAAAGUGACACAAUACAAGAAGGGCAAUGAUUCUCUGUAUGCCCAGAGAAAGCAGCAUUAUGACAGGAAGCAGAAUGGCUACAGUGAGCGGAUUAAGCCGAUUUUCUGGAAAAAAAAAAAAAAAACAACAAAGAGGGUUAUGCUGAGGAUUGACUGUAUUGAACCCAACUACAGAUGUAUGAAAAUGCUGGCUAUUAAAAGACUCAAGCAUUUGGAAUUGAGAGGACAUAAGAAAAGAAAGGGCCACAUGAUCUAUUUCUAA